CCCCAUUCCUAUCCAACAAAGAACAUGGAUGUAAUGGAUGCCUUUGCUCGCGAUCCAGUGAUCCUUUUCAAAUAAAAACGAAUAGAAGCUAAGACUGAACUAAGACCAGUCUAAGCUUUCUUCCUAUAGAGAAGGAAGGGGUUCCCCAACCUUCUCCAACUCCUCCCAGAUCUCGCAACCAAUUAUCCCGAUAGCGGUUCGAGGGGAGCCAAAAGACGAUUCCCUCUCACAGAACCCCAUACUAUAUCCAAAGCUUCAAGAACAGAUAUCGUCGUCGAAACUAUCCCAUUGGGAGAACCCUUUUUGUAUCAAAGCUCGUGUAAUUAAACUUCCUCAACACCCAAUCCCCCCCAAAAUGGCCGAAACAACCGUGCCCGUCCGCACAGGACGCAAAAAAUACGCCAUCGUCGGGACCGGCGGGCGCGCCAUAUUCUUCUACACAGCGAUCGCGCGCGACUACAGCGCAACAUCCUAUAUCGUCGGGCUGUGCGACACAAACCAGACACGUCUAACCUACGCCAACACCAAGCUCUCCUCGCUCGGGCACCCAUCCGUGCCCACAUACCUAGCCAGCGACUUCGAAAAAAUGGUGCGCGAAACACAGCCGGACGAAGUGAUCGUAACAACAAUCGACCGCACGCACAACAUCUACAUAGUCGCAGCCCUGGACCUAGGGAUAAACGUAAUAACCGAGAAGCCCAUGACAAUCGACGCACCACGGUGUCUGUCCAUAUUCUCCGCCGUAGAGCGGAACCCGGGGAAACGGGUGCGCGUGACGUUCAACUACCGGUACGCGCCGCACAACACCAAGAUCUACGAGAUCCUGCACUCGGGCGCGAUUGGGACCGUGACAAGCGUGCAUUUCGAGUGGAUGCUGAAUACGUCCCACGGCGCGGAUUACUUCCGCCGCUGGCACCGCGAUAAGCGGAAUAGCGGGGGUCUGCUCGUGCACAAGAGCACGCACCACUUCGACCUGGUGAACUUCUGGCUGCGGACGCGGCCGGCGACCGUGUACGCGCAGGGGGAUUUGAAGUUCUACGGGCGCGAGAACGCGGAGUUGCGGGGUGUUCCUGCGUCUGCGAUGUACACGCGCGCGUACGGGGCAGCGAACUCGAGGGAGGAUCCGUUUGCGUUGCAGAUGGAGGAGCAUCCGCAGCUUAAGGCGAUGUAUCUCGAUGCCGAGCAUGAGGACGCUUAUUAUCGCGACCAGAGCGUGUUUGGGGAUGGCAUUAGUAUUGAAGACACGAUGAACUUGCUCGUGAGGUACCGCAAUGGUGCGGUGUUGACGUAUUCGCUGACGGCGUAUGCGCCGUGGGAGGGGUUCCGGGUUAGUUUUAAUGGGACUGGGGGGCGCCUUGAGAUGGAGGUUGUGGAGAAUAGUUAUGUGAAUUCGGGCGGCGACCAGGCAGCUGAGGGGUCGCUGGAGAAGCGGUCGAUUGUGCUGCGGAAGUUAUUCGAGAAGCCGCAGGAAAUUGCGAUAACUGACGGUGUGGGCGCCCAUGGCGGCGGGGACACGGUGCUUCUGAACGAUCUUUUUGGGGAGCCCACGACCGAUGAGUACAUGCGGGCGGCGAGCCAUGUUGAUGGUGCUCUAUCGAUUCUGACUGGGAUUGCUGCUAACAGGUCCAUCGCUACGGGACAAGUGGUAAACGUUGAUGAUGUAUUGAGGAUACCAUGACGGAAACAACCUAGCCUGCCGGGUUAGUAGUUAGGUAAUGACUAUAGAUGAGGAAUGAUAUACAUAAUAUAAGUAAAUAAUCC